GCGUGUGGAGUGCAAGUUACGUUUGAUACUCGGACAGGGCCUGCUCCUUGCCUACUUCUUUUUCUCAGGCCCCUUCUCUCACUUUAGGGCCACGCUAAUAGGCUCGUGUCGUGAGAGCGCGAGUGGGGCCUCUUGCGAAAGAAUUUCGGUUAUAUGCGUUAAGAGCUACUGAUCAGCAGUAUAAAAAGACUAGGAACGCUUCGACACGGCAUCAGUCUCAUUCCAGACAAACUAGUAGACAUGGCAUUCAAGUUCGUGAUCCUCUUGGCUCUCCUGGCGGCCGUAGCCAACGCCGGGCACCUGCCUCUGGCCUACCACAGCCACGCAGCAGCCCCACUGGCUUACAGCAGCCACGCUGCCCCUCUGGCUCUGCACGCGGCUCCUCUGGCCGUCCACCAUGCUGAAGUGGACCACUACGACCCACACCCCCAGUACAACUUCGCCUACAACGUGCACGACUCGCACACCGGAGACGUCAAGAGCCAGCACGAGCACCGUGACGGUGACGUCGUCAAGGGCAGCUACUCGCUCGUCGACCCCGACGGCACCAAGCGCACCGUCAAGUACACUGCCGACCCCCACAACGGAUUCAACGCCGUCGUCGAGAAGGAGCCACUCCACCACCACGUCGCUGUCGCCCAUGCCGCCCCUGCCGUAGCAUACCACGCUGCUGCCCCAGCUGUGCACUCCUACCAUGCGGCCCCUGUUGCCCACUACGCUCAGGCUCACCACCACGCUCCUCUGGCCUACGCCGCCCACGCUGACUACUCUUACCAUCACUAACAGUUGAUUUAGUGCGUUCUGAUUAGGAUUCAUGAGUCCUGCGCGAAUGGCGGCUAAAAGGCCGUCAAUUGUAAAUAUUGAAGAUGUAUUGUGUUCAUAGCUGGGAUUCUUUGUUAUGAGAUUUUCCACUCACCUGUAUUAUAGCAAUAAAAGCACUCCAAUCUACCUCAAA